UGAAGAACAUCUUCACCCUGAGCAACAGAAAUGGAGCUUCAGGAUGCGAACGGAGAAGCCACAGCCCUUCCACAUUAAGAAGGAAGAGGAAUACCUACUGACCCCCAUUUUUAAAGAGGAAGAGGAGGACCCACAGACACCCCAUUUUAAAAAGGAAGUGGUGGAUCCACUGACACCCCAUUUUAAAAAGGAAGCGGUGGAUCCACUGAGCCCUCACAUUAAAGAGGAAGAGGAAGAACACAGCAUCAAUCAGCAGGGAGAGCAUCUUGAAGGACUGGAGGAGGUUGAUGUCACCAAGAUGCCAGUGACUGGUGUCCCUGUGAAGAGUGAAGGUGAUGAGGUCAAAGGUGAAAGUGAGGAGAGGGGAGGGGGGGAGCCUCCAAGCAGCAGCUCAACACAACACAUGACAACAGAAGCUGAUGGAGACCACUGUGGAGGAUCACAAGCAGACAAGCUCUUAGCUCCACUAUCAGAUAGUGAGGACACAACGUCACACUCUCCUGACACUGAUGAUGAAGACUCUAAAGAUGAUAAGACAUGUCACACUGACAACACUCACUUCACAUCUUCUCACUCUCACAAAACAUUUAAAUCUCCUAGUAAGUUGAAAAGACACAUGAGAACACACACUGGAGAAAAACCUUUUUCAUGUUCAAUCUGCGGUAAAGAUUUUACUCAGAGGUACGAUUUGAAAAGACACAUGAGAACACACACUGGAGAAAAACCUUUUUCAUGUUCAAUCUGCGGUAACGAUUUUACUCAUAGGCAACAUUUGAACACACACAAGAGAAUACACACUGGAGAAAAACCCUUUACUUGCUCAGAAUGCUGUAAAAGAUUUGCGCGAAAAGCAGAGUUAAAAAGACACAUGAGAAUACACACUGGAGAAAAACCAUUCAUAUGCUCAGUUUGUGGCAAAGGAUUCUCCCAGAAGGGACAUUUGGUAAACCACACAAAAACACACACUGGAGAAAAACCUUUUUCAUGUUCAAUCUGUGGUAAAGGAUUUACUCAAAGGCACCUUUUCAAAGCACACAUUAGAAGACACACAGGAGAAAAACCUUUUUCAUGUUCAAUGUGUGGUAAAGCUUUUACUCGAAGUGACCAUUUCAAAGCACACAUGAGAAUACACACUGGAGAAAAAACAUUUUUAUGUUCAAUCUGCGGUAAAGAUUUUACCCGAAGGGACCAUUUCAAAGCACAUAUGAGAAUACACAAUGAAUAAAAAACCUUUUCACUGUUAAGAAUGUGGUGAAGCUUUUGUACAAUGAAGCACUUUGAAAGUACACAUGAGAACACACACUGGAGAAAAACCUUUUUCCUGCUCAGAAUGUGUUAAAGCGUUUGUGUGAAAAAGCACAUUGAAAGUAGCCAUGAGAACACACACUGGAGACAUACCUGAUUGUAACCUGGGUGACAAAACCCCAUUAAAUAUCCUCAUUUAAAUAUCCUUUUAAAACCCCAUUGAAUAUUCUUUGUAAUUAAAUCUUCCUAUUUAAAUAAUUGUAUUUAAAUAUCCUCUCAA